AUUAGGUAUGAAUGUGAAAAUUACUAUCAAUAUGUCUCUGGAUAAUACUUAAUAUUCAUUCAACUCUGAGCAGAUUUCAGGGAAUAUAUCAUUUUGUUCACAGGCGUCAUCAUACUGACUUAAUUGUUUUUUGAAGCAUUUUGUAACGAUUAAUGACACUUCAUAAUUGAAACGAUAACUUGCCAGAAAGAUUUAAAUGCCUUGAUUAAAAAAAUAAGCUAGAGGAGGCUAACAUGCUGACCAGACCGAGCAUCGCAAAAUAAAUUUAGAAAUAUAUGUUAUUCAAUUAUUGCACCCACACUGCUCGUGUGCACCAACAAGCGUCUGCAACGCCAAGGGCUAAAAUAGAACUCAUUCCUAUUUCUGAUGCAGAUAGCGUGGCAAGUCCUGCCUCUUCCAUCUCCUCAUUGGUUUAUAGAAGCAGGUGCCAUCUCCUCAUUGGUUAUACCCGCGUGGGAGAUUGAAAGACGAACUGUUUUGCCGGUAGUCGUGGUAAUACAAUGAAAGUUUAGAUGCGAUCACCAUAUAAGUUAAACGACGAAAAAGCCUGGAAGGAGGAGAGAUGACUAGAAACGAUUCGGUUGGCCGUUUUAUGUGUGGAUUAAUUGUCGGAGUAGAGGUCCUUGUGCAUUUCAGAUGGCGGACCGGCGACGGCGAAGGAGACGCGCGUCCCAGGAUAGCGAGGAGGACGAUGAAUCUGGUUCGGGAUCGGAAAGUGGAAAGUCCCUUUCGCCAACGACGAAGCCCCGAGUACGGGAUCCUGAGCCAGUUGAGGCACCAGCUGUUCGUGUGGUGCCGAAAAACGAUGCUGAAUCCGAGUGUGAAAGUGAAGAUGGCGUAGGAGAAGCUGUCCUUUCUGACUAUGAAAGUGCAGAUCCUGAGGAGAAUGGCUCCCAUUCAGAGGGAGGUGAAGAAGAAGAGGAGGAGGUGGUCCCUCCACCGGCUGCAGAGCCCAAACCCAGUCCUGCUGCUGACACCCCUGCUGCAGAGGGGGAACUGCAGGAAGGAGGGGGGAAGGAAGAGGGUGAGAAAGGUGUGAGUAAAGAAGUGAAGUGUGAAGAUAAAGGCAACCUGGCAGGGGAGCGGCAAAGCGGGGAUGGACAGGAAAGCACAGAAGACUCUGAGAAUAAAGGUGCUAAACCAGGCCAGAAGCUGGAUGAUGACCAGGAUCGUAAUAACCCGGCCUAUAUCCCCCGUAAGGGAAUGUUCUUUGAGCACGACGUCAGAGGAAACGCACAGGAGGAGGAACGGCCGAAGGGUCGUAACAGGAAGCUGUGGAAGGACGAGGGUUGCUGGGAACACGAUAGGUUCAGGGAGGAGGAGCAGGCGCCUAAGUCACGUGAGGAGCUGGUUGCAAUCUACGGCUAUGACAUCCGCAACGGAGGUGUCUCCAAUGAGCGGUCCUAUAGACAGCGCAAGCCCAGACACAGCACCUCUCCAGUCCGGGACAAGCGCUGGCGGGACGGAGACGGGGAGAGACCCAUCCAUACCUCCUGGCAGCAGGGAGGGAACCCCAACAGCCGUAGCGCUCCCCUAGCCAUGGCCCUGCAGCAGUCUGAUCCUCCCCCCUCAGCAGCCCCCAACACCCAGCGCAACAACAACCCCCCCAGGCCCUCCUCCCACCCCCCACCCCGGGGCUUCCAGGGCAACCGCCCCCCCCAGGCCCAGUACAGGAAUGACAGAAACCAGGAGUCUCAACGGCCAGGCUCCAAGGCCCACCCCGCCGAGGCCCUCCAGACCCGGAGCCUACCGCCCAUGGACGGGGAACGAGGCCCCAGGGGCCGGGGGAACAGAGGGGUCCAUACGGAGCGCAGCUCUUCGGUAGUGGUGGAAGAGAUCCGCAGCGAGGAGGAUGACGAGCGCAACACAACUACAGUGACAACUUCUCAGUCCGUCUACUACAAUCGGCACUACAGUGGCAAGGGAGAUCGAGAAAGGGACUCUGCGCCACGGCGACAGGAGCAGCAGCGAGGGGGAUCUGCUCCUCCGGCGGACAACCCGGUUACCCGCGAUGCCUCCCCGGCUCCGGAGCGGCCCGUGGAGAAGAAGUCGUACUCCCUAGCCAGGAGGACUCGCACCCGGGCCACUGAGCUGGACAAGCAGGUCUCUCUUGAGGAGCCUGCCUCCACCGUGUCUUCCUCGGCACUGACGAGUGAGCCGUGGCAGGGCCCCGGUCAGAGCCAGGGGGAUGCUGGAGACAGUAGCCAGGCGACGGUACUCACAGGGCUGGACCAGGACCUGGCCAGACUCAGCCUAGCCGGACAGAACUGGGCCCAGAACCCAUCUUCGUUUCUACGCGCUGAGAUGAGGGGCAUCCCUAACUCUAUGCACAUGGGUGGAGCACCUCCACAAUACAGUAACAUAGAAGAGCUGGGAGCUGGUAACCGGGCAAAGCGGUACUCGUCCCAGCGCCAGAGGCCAAGCCCGGAGCCCGCUCCUCCUAUGCACAUAGGGGUCAUGGAAAGCCACUACUACGAGCCCAUGUCUUACCAAGGACCAAUCUAUGCCCACGGUGACAGCCCCGCCCCCCUCCCACCCCAGGCCAUGCUGGUCCAGCCUGAGAUGCACCUCCCCCACCCAGGCCAUCCAGGACACCCAGGUCUACACCCCCACCAGUCGAGUGGCCCCAUGCCCAACCCGGCUCUCUACGCUGCUCCCCCCGUCUCCAUGUCCCCUGGACAGCCCCCUCCACAGCAGUUGCUGGCCCCGCCCUUCUACCCUCCGCCAGGUGUCAUGACCUUUGGGAACACCAACUACCCCUACCCGGCAGGAGCCACCCUGCCCCCCAUGUACAACCCGCCGGCCCAGUCGCAGGUGUACAGCCAGUCGCAGGUGUACGGUGGGGUGACCUACUACGAUCCGAUGCAGCAGCAAGCCCAGCCCAAACCCUCGCCUCCCCGGCGCUCCUCCCAGCCCGUCACCGUCAAACCUCCCCCACCAGAGGACCGGAGUGAGAAGCCCAGUCAGGAGGUCAGAUCCUAGCACGGCGUUCCGAACGGCUACGCCAGUUGGAAGAGGGCGACGGACAGGGAGACUGGGGUCUGCAUUCGAGGACCAGCACCACGUGUGGAGCGGAUUAUGAUUUAAAUACAAUGUCAUCUGGGAUGUUAUCCGCCUUGUGGUCAGGUGCCACAUUGGUUGGUCGUCCACAAUACUGAAGGGUUGUUGUUUUGGUUCACCUACCAGUGUUUUGCCUCUGAGGAGUGCGUUCUUAAAAACCCUAUAAAACGUAACCAUAUAAAACCCUUAAAGAACGCCCUGAAUAACAACUCCUCUGUAAACAUUACGUUGACACCUGACACCAACGAUGACAUUCGUAGACAUUUGUUCCUUCUAACAAUCUGUCGUUCAACUGUAGGUAUAUUCAUGCAAAAAAAAUGUGUUUUUUAAGCUCGAACAAAUGUUUAGGACUGGCUUAAAUGUGUCGUGAGUAUUAUGGAGAGAAUCUAACGGGUAGUUGGUCAUUUAUAUGGGCUAGCUAGAGCUGUUUGUCCCACCCACCAGACAAUCCUGCUAAUUUUCUAGCUAACAUUUAUACUCCCCUACGUAUUUAUUUGGACAGUGGAGCAAAACUUUGAAUGUCUCUACUCCAGCAUUUUGGAAUUGAGAUCAAAUGUUUCAUAGGAGGCGACAGUACAGAAUGUCUCUUUUUUCAAAAAAAAUUUUUUUUUUUAUUUGAGGUUCUUUUCAUAAAUAUUUUUUUUUCCUUUUUAGAAAUGAAAGCCAAACAUUUUGAAGAUGUCAUAAAUAUUUGGCCAAAUUCACUUGUGUGGUAAAGUAGUCAGGUUUCUGAACAUUUCUACAUUAAUGUGGAUACUAUCAUGAUUACAGAUACUCAUGAAUGAAUCUUGAAUAAUGAUGAGUGAGUUUGAGCAACAAAGAUCUUGCUAACCUCUCACCAUUGCCGAUAAGAGGUUAGCAUUUUUUGGGUGGUUAUGAUAUGCAUGCCUCUUAAAUUUCUUAAUCAUAAUUAUUUAAGAUUUAUUUGUGAUUAUCCGUAAUCAUGGAGACAUCCUUAUUAAUGUUCCAAAACAUUCUACUUUUAUUUGCAAUAAGUGACUCUCAAAAUGACAAUACAUUAUUUACCAUUCAUUUCUAUUGGGCACAACAUAAUCUGAAACGCAACCAAAACAAACUGCCAAUGCAUCCAAGUUUGUAGCUUAAAAAGCUUGAUGUCAUUGCGUGCUAUGAAUAUGGGACCAAGUACUACACUUGACUACUUUAAUACACAAAGUGAAUUUGUCCAAAUACUUAUGACACCUUCAAAUGGGGGUACUAGAUGCAUAAAGUGCUUUAAUUUCUAAACAUAACAUAUUUGUACGGAAAUACUUUCCAGUUAAUGGUAACAUUCUUUAGUCAUCGUAUAAAACAUUUAAAUCUCAAAUAAAAAUGCUGUAUUAUAGAGCUGAAUGGGGAAGAAAUGUUCCUUCACUGUCCAAAUAAAUACGUAGUGUCCCAUUUCAUCUCACAACAGCAUCGUAGGUCUUAGUUUUUAUUUUAUGUUUUUGAGUCUUGUAAACGCACACUUUUUAGAUAAAGAAUAAAACCUAUAUACAGAUGGUGCUUACCUAUAGCUAGUACCCUACAAUUUCAACAACUUAUUUUCGAGUUCUCUUGUUACCUUCCACAUCGCCCAGUUUUUUUUCUUGAUUUUUUUUAACGUAAUACUGUAUUACCAGAACCAUUUAACCUUGCCUGAAACUGAUGUACUUGACAGUGCUACUGCUUUCUAAUGUAAGUGUAUAUAGAUAAAUGUAUAUUAAAGCCUGUGGUUUAAAUAAGCAGAAAUACUACCACCUUAUCAAAUUAGUACUGUCACUAUGAACAAAAGUCGUAUACAUGGUUAUGAAUGGAUAAAAAAGAAAAAAACUAGGAUAACUCUGGCUUAUGAAAUGGUUGUUUGGAAGUUUGCCGUUUCCUUUAUUUCCCCCUCAGAAUCCUUUUGUGAAAGUGGAGAGACUGGUGAGGCCACUCUACCACUAAAAUGGAUCUGAUUUGUCUGUUUGCAGAACGUACUGCUGAUCCCACAUGAUUUUCCCUAAAGACAAUUCUGUUAACUUAGGCUGCAUUUCACCAGGCAGCCAAAUUCUGAAUGUUUUCCACAAUCAGAUAUUUUUCAGGUCUGAUUGGUCAAAAUACCAAUUAGUGUAGGGGUGGGUGUUAGAAUGGGCUGCCUGUCUAAAAGCUGCCAAGUAAACAUAACAUGCAUGUUAUACAUACAUAUAUAGAUAUGAUUGUGAAAGUAAUUCAGUUGUUGCUGGUGGCUGCACACUGUUAUAGUAAGUUUGCCCAAAAAGGGCAAGUUAUUGAUGCAUCUUUAAAUUGGCUUUUUUUAUUUUAUUAUAAACCUCCUGAAUCAGUAUAAUCUGAAUUGAGUUGUAUUCAAAGUUUUUUUUAUUUUUUAUUAUUAUUAUUUUUUUUAGAAAUGGCUGGUAAGAAUGUUAUAACUGUUUUUUUUUCUUCUCUGCCUUAAGGAUAAAUUGGUUUGACAUGUUUAAUUUGACUAGACCUGCCAACACUGUGAGGGCUUGUUUGUUUCAUAUAUGUUUGAAUAUAUAUACAAGUUUUCCUGAUUGUGGAGCAAAUUUUGUUUAGACUGAGGAACAUUAAACAGAAUCUAGGAAAAA